UUAUAUAAAACGGAAAAGCCACUUUUCCAUUGUCUCAUUUCCUCAGUGCGCUCACGAAGGUUCCAUCUUUUCCUGUCUCCGUUUUCCCGCUCGGGCAACUCUUCCUCUCCAGCCGUUGACGCAGAGCCGUUUCAGUCGAUUUCUGCGCUUGAAGGUUGCAGAUGGGCUCGGAAACCAAGGUUGAUGACUCCGUAGAGUCGCCAACUUCGGUGCUCGAAGACGAGGGCAAUUGCAAAGAGGAACCUGGAAUUAAAGUGGAGGAUGAGGUUCUUCUUGAAGCAAAAAAUGGAGACUCCUCUCUUAUUUCAAAAGCCAUGGCUGAGGAGGAAGAGAAGUUGCUUGAUACCCGGAUUAAUGAAGAGAAUGCUGAACAAGAAAAUAAUCAGGAUGAAGCACCUGAUCUGAAUGACUCUCAGUUCACUAAAUUGGAUGAACUUCUGACGCAGACGCAGUUAUAUACUGAGUUCUUGCUAGAAAAGAUGGAUGACAUCACGUUUAAUGCCUCUGAACGAGCAGAUGAAAGCACUGAGAAUAAGACAGGCCGUGGUCGAAAGAGAAAAGCUGCACCUAAGUAUAACAAUCGGAAAGCCAAAAGGGCAGUUGCUGCCAUGUUAUCAAGAUCACAAGAAGGCGAAAACAUUGAUGAUGUGAAUCUGACAGAGGAAGAAAAAGUUGAGAAAGAACAAAAGGAACUUGUUCCAUUGUUGACUGGUGGGAAGUUGAAGCCUUACCAAAUCAAAGGUGUGAAGUGGUUGAUCUCCUUAUGGCAAAAUGGUCUCAAUGGUAUUCUAGCAGAUCAGAUGGGACUCGGAAAGACUAUUCAAACUAUUGCUUUCCUUGCACAUCUUAAGGGGAAGGGCUUGGAUGGGCCCUAUUUAAUAAUUGCUCCACUCUCUACUCUAUCCAACUGGGUCAAUGAGUUUGAGAGGUUUGCUCCCUCAGUGACUGCAAUUAUUUACCAUGGGGACAAGAAAGAACGGGAUGAACUGAGGCGGAAGCAUAUGCCGAGAACCAUUGGACCAAAAUUCCCUGUUAUUGUUACAUCAUAUGAGGUUGCUCUAAAUGAUGCGAAGAGAUAUUUGAGACAUUAUACUUGGAAGUAUGUGGUGGUUGAUGAGGGUCAUAGACUGAAAAACUCAAAGUGCAAGCUGCUGAAGGAACUUAAAUACUUGAAUGUAGAAAAUAAGCUUCUAUUAACGGGAACUCCUCUUCAGAAUAAUCUAGCUGAGCUGUGGUCAUUGUUAAAUUUUCUUUUGCCUGAUAUCUUCUCUUCUCAUGAAGAAUUCGAAUCUUGGUUUGAUCUGUCAGGAAAGCAUAAUAAUGGAGCAAUAAAUGAGGAAUCAGAAGAGAAGAGAAGGGCGCAGGUGGUAGCCAAGCUCCAUGCUAUCCUCCGUCCUUUCCUUCUCCGGAGAAUGAAGGCUGAUGUUGAGCAGAUGCUUCCUCGAAAAAAAGAGAUCAUCCUAUAUGCUACUUUGACAGAGCAUCAAAAGAACUUCCAGGAUCAUCUGAUAAAUCGAACAUUGGAGAAUUACUUGCAAGAGACAGUUUCUACUGGACGUGGUAUGAAAGGGAAGCUGAAUAACUUGAUGACACAGCUCCGAAAGAACUGCAACCAUCCAGAUCUCUUAGAGUCGGCCUUUGAUGGAUCAUACUUUUAUCCUCCUGUGGAACAAAUCGUGGAACAGUGUGGCAAGUACCGUUUGCUGGACAAGUUGUUGGCGAAGCUCUUUGAUCGCAACCACAAGGUUUUAAUCUUCAGCCAAUGGACUAAGGUUUUAGAUAUAAUGGACUAUUAUUUCAGUGAAAAGGGAUAUGAGGUCUGUCGCAUUGAUGGUAGUGUGAAACUUGACGAGAGAAAACGCCAGAUUAAAGACUUCAAUGAUGUAAACAGCAAUUACAGAAUUUUCCUUCUCAGCACAAGGGCUGGUGGGUUGGGUAUAAACCUCACUGCUGCUGACACAUGCAUACUGUAUGACAGUGACUGGAACCCGCAAAUGGAUUUGCAGGCCAUGGACAGGUGUCACAGGAUUGGUCAGACCAAACCUGUUCAUGUUUAUAGGCUUGCCACGGCUCAGUCAGUGGAGGGUCGUAUAUUGAAACGGGCUUUCAGUAAGUUGAAGUUGGAGCAUGUAGUGAUUGCAAAAGGGCAAUUUCACCAAGAGAGGAACAAACCCAACAAUUUGAUGGAGGAAGAGGAUGUGCUGGCCCUCCUCAAAGAUGAGGAGAGUGCAGAGGACAAGUUGAUUCAAACCGAUAUAAGUGACGAAGACCUGGAAAAACUCUUGGAUCGCAGUGAUCUGCUCGUAGGAUCAUUGGGCGGUGCUGAGAAUACUGAGGCUCCCAUUGAUGAGAUGCCUCUCAAGGGACCGGGUUGGGAGGUCGUGAUCCCAACUGCCACUGGUGGAGUCCUUUCCACCCUUAACAGCUAGUUAUGACUGACUUAAUCUUCACCAUUAAAUUUGAACUGUUAGGAUAGUGAUUGUGGCUUUAGAAGUAAAUCUCAGCAAGUUUGGCAGUCAGGUCCAUUUUUUUGUUCAUUUUUGGGUAAAUGGACCGAACUGCAUAUUAUUCGGAGUAGGCAUUUCCUGAGCAGUGCUCUCUCAUUUAGUAAAUGUUAAGUGUUACCUAGGCCAUUCUCGUGAUAGAG